GGAUUUUCUGUUUAUGGAAAUAAGAACAUUCGAUGACGAUGAGACCUAACACCAUAUUUGUAUUAGCCAGUCUGAUGAAUGUGUGGAAACUUGGGAAAGGAGUGGAAAUUCUUACCUGUCCAUCCUCCAGUUCUAUCCAGAUUGGUUCAACUACCACAACCUUUCAAUUUGGAGAUGGCAGCACACCCUAUAAUACAGUCUUGUCAUGUACAUGGACAAUCACAGCAUCUGAUUCGUCUGCAAGUCUCGUCAUUGGGCAAAACUUAAAGUGUGGGGAUGGCGACAUGCUAGAAAUAACCAACGUGAAUUCAGGUGCGGCCAGACAAGUUACUUGCUGCACUGACUGCACAAAACCCGCCGUAAUCACAGGAAAUACAGCAAGGAUCACCUUCACUUCAGACUCGACUCAAAGGGCUGAGGACAUAGGAUUCUCUCUUGAAAUAUUUGCUGCGAAAGAUGAAUCGGGUUGUACAAGUGGGAACAAUAAUUUCAGUAUUCCGAUUUCUUCCCCCUAUAUCAUCACCUCACCUAAUUUUCCAGGAUUUUAUCCAAACGACAUUGAAUGCCGUUACACGUUUACACCAGUUCCUCCGAGUCUAGGACUUGUCAUCUCCUUCCAGUUUAUCAACCUUGAUUACGAUAGAGGCUGUUAUGACUAUAUCGUCCUUAAAGAAGGUGACAUAAAUGGGAACCCAAUUGUUAAAAUAUGCCAGGGCUAUCCAGUUAGUAGUCCUGUUAUAUCUCCAAAUGAGACCUAUAGAACCAAAGGGUCAUUGUUUCUUCAUUUUUCAUCUGAAUAUAUGAUCCCAGCACGUGGAUUUAGAGCUAGUGUCCAACAAGAUCUAAUAUUUGAAAACACGGAAGGCACCACAAAAUUGGUCAAUGAGUCAACGACAAAGAAAAAUACCACUCCAACAUCAAAAGCUGAAUCAACUACUAUAUCAACAACAGAUAGCCGAUCAACAACAUCCCAAAGCUCAAUAGCGAAAGAAAUAACAACUAAUACCUCACAAUUAACAACCGUUACAGAAAGCAACACACGAUCAACAUUACCAACAACGACAGAGAUCACGACACAAUUUUCAUCUACUACUACGUCUAAUGAUACCAUGCGGUCAGCAACAGCUGAAUCAAGUACUAUAUCAACAACAAGUAUAUCAACAAUAUCCCAAAUCUCAAAAGCCAACUCUCCAUUGACUACGGUAACGGAAAGCAACACGCUCUCAACAUUACCAUCAACGACAGAGAUCACAACAAGUACUUCAUCUACUACUACGUCUAAUGUUUUAAAAGAUGCCACGCAGUCAACAACAGCCCAAUCAGCUACUGUAUCAAGAACAAGUAAAUCAACAACUUCUCAAAUCUCAGCAAGCACCUUAACAAAAGGAAAAACAGCAAAUAACUCUUCGUUAACUACAGUCAAGGAAAGCAACACACGAUCAACAUUACCAACAUCGACAGAGAUCCUAACACGAACUUCAUCUAUAACUACGUCUAAAGUGUCUGGAUGUUCAAAGACAAUAUUAAAUGGGAAUCUAAUCAAUUGCCAUUCAAGGAUCGGAGACACGUGCAGAUAUGAAUGUAAAGGUCCUUUGGAAAACAAUCCAUCCGUUCCAAAUAUUACAUGCAACUUAAAUGGAUUCUGGAAUUAUGACACGAAUGAUUUAUGCCUUACCUUAUGUAAGUCUGAAAUCAAAAAUGGAAAACUUGAAUUUAAUUGUGAAAGAAAAAUUGGAAACAAGUGCUCAUUUGUAUGCGAAGCAGGAUACAUAUCUACUAUUUUUUCUUCAAAUAUUGUUUGCACCUCGGACCGCAUCUGGAACGAAAACAUUGAUGAAUUAUGCAAAGAAAACGGCAUUGAAGACGAUGAUGGGCCAUACGUCUACAUCGGAUCAACAAUAGCAGCUAUUGCAGUAAUUAUUCUCGUUGUAGCUAUUGUGUGGAAAUUUUGCCUAAAACAAAGAAAUGCAUCUGGAAAUAAUUACCAGACAUCGUUCGUAGACAGGGAACACAUAUAUAUGGAAAUCGGUAAUCCCGGAUAUUCGACCGGCAAUAAUAGAAGUGGUAUGCAAGAACCUGUUGAAUACGCUACAAUCGAUGACCAGUCCAUAACAGGCUAUGAGGAACCGAAAUCUUAUAAAUACACGUAUUCGAAUGCUGUGUUUAGUUCAUGAUUUUACUAACUUAACAGAUGCAAUAAACUUCUUGCAGACAAAUAUUAUUGUAUGAAACGUUGUAUAAGAUAUAUUAAUUUUGCAAACACUGGCAAAUUAAA